AUGAGAAAGCCACUCAGUCAGGCUCCUAAACGACUGCAAGCCCUCAUGAUGAGAGUCCAUCGUUAUGAUAUGGAUUUUCAUUUUCUCAAGGGGUCGGAGCUCAUCAUUGCUGACACCCUAAGCCGUGCCUAUAUUGACUCACCUGACCUCCGACCUCGCAUUAUGAAAAUCAACUUCUUUCCUAACAUGUCCGAUGUCAGACUGCAAGAGGUCAGGGAAGCUACAUCCAGGGACGUAUCAUUAAAAACUCUGCGAUCACUCAUUCUUGAUGGAUGGCGCGAUGCAAAGUGCCAAGUACCAAAUGAAGCACGCCCUUACUACGAUACCAGGGAUGUACUCAGUUAUGAGGAUGGAGUUAUCCUUAAAGGUGAAUCUAUCGUCAUUCCACGAUGUCUGAGGAGUGACAUUAUGAAGAGAUUGCACUCCGCUCACAUGGGGUACAACAGUAUGAUACGCCGAGCACGAUCCCUCGUUCUUUGGCCCAACAUUGCCAAAGACAUCAAGCAACUCGUGGAUACAUGUGAACCCUGUCAAGAGCUGCGACCUCGUAACCCGAGGGAGACACUUAAGCCACAAGAUGAUGGAAAUGGCCCAUGGGACAAAAUCGCAAGUGAUAUCUUCGAAGCAAAAGGCCGACAAUACUUAGCAACAGUUGACUACUACUCUAAUUUCAUUGAAGUUGAUCACUUGCAAACAACCACUACUACCAAGUUUAUAUCUGUGUACAAAAAGCAGUUUGCUCGAUUUGGUAUUCCUACUGUGCUCACAACGGACUCUGGAUCGCAAUUCACAUCAGGAGAAUUCCAGAAUUUCUUAAAGAACUGGGGAAUUAUUCAUGUUCGAUCCUCCCUGGGACAUCACAGUGCUAAUGGGAAAGCUGAGGCAGCAGAGAAAGUAGCCAAACACCUGAUCAUGAAAGUAUGCAAAGAUGGGACUGAUCCAAACAUCGCAUUGUUGGAACAGCGCAAUACCCCCCGUAAAGAUACUGGCAAGAGCCCAGCUGAGAUGAUUUUUGGCUAUAAACCCCGUACCAUGCUUCCACGUUUUCAGAAGGAUUACCGUGAACCGGAAGUUGUGAGACGAAAAGCAAAACGCAGAAACGCUGUGAAGCAAGCCAAUACCACGAUCGGAGAGCUCAUGAUCUACCGCAACUACAUCCCGGCCAAACAGUUUACUUUGAGCUUAAGGAACAUGACCGCUGGAUCCUUGGCAAAGUUGUUGAAGUUUGGGUGA